UAAAGUUGAUCUCGUGAUUUUCCCUCUUCGCUCACAAUUCAAAAGAUCGGGCAGGAGAAAGCACUUCACUUUUUUGUGAACAGUGCCACACGUCGAAGAACAGAACGUUAUCUUAUCAAGAUAAAGCUCAUCUGCUCUCUACCACGGUGAGAUUUCAGUAUUUUAAGUGUAGUGUUGUCGGCUGAACAGGGAGUUAAAUUAAUCUAAAUUAACUAGCGGAUGGGCUAUCGUAGCUAAUAAUAGUCUAUCUGUUUUGUUCUCGUGUUGUGCGUAGGUUCUUCUUUUAAAACUUGAUUUCGAACGAAACUCUUAGUGUUUAUCUUGAUUUCUAAAAGACUGAUUAAGUGAAAGACAAAAGCUUUUUUAAAUUUUGUGAGAAACAUAUGAUUGACUAUCAUUUCAAACGGGGACAUUUAUACAUAUUUGUUGUAACGUUAUGCAUACUGUGGAGAUUAUCAAAUGACUGUUUGAGAUUACAAAGCAGUGUUCAUUUUUCUUGACAAGGUAUACAAAGGAGAUUAUUAAGCUUAUCAAAAAAACUUCAACUAAUUCUGAAAGCCGUCUUCCAAAAGUUCAAAAUGAUGUUAAAACGAGAUUAAUUCCAAGUAUAAAACUCCGAAAUAAAUUUCCAAGAUCAGGAAAUUGCAACAGCCCUUGUCGGUCAUUUCACUAGGAUGAGUCAUCGAGGGGCAUAAGUAGUGUAGCGACUUGCACCACCACAUUAAUGUUGGAUGUCAAACUUAUUAAGAUGAGUAUUGAGGAUGUCCACAACAAAGGAUCACUCAGCAGCAGUCGAACAGUGCACAACAACAACGUAUGUGUUCCCACCACCCCAAGAUUUACCUCUCUCCGAUAUCGACGCAGAGCUUCAGGUGUCCACCAGGCUUCCCGUGACAGCUGUGGCCGGAAUGCCCGGAUCUUCGUCUCAGAGGAAAAUGUCGGGGUCUGGCGGCUCAGUCACAGUGGGCAGUGGGGCUUCGCCAACGAGACACUCAACAACCACUGGCGGUGUCGGUCGAGCCGUCUCACCGCCUCUUCGACCCAGAAAAGCAUCCCUCCUCAAAACCUCAUCCGUGGGACUGGGCACUUCUACCUUUGGGACGGAGGGCGAAAAACACAGAACACAAAGUGGUGUAGGUGGUGGCCAGGAUUACAGUGCUACCACUACUACACCGUCAACGGCGAGCAGUCUCUCAAACAUUAAGGACGCGUCGUGUAGUGGUCAUCGUGUGGGGCAAGUCUCAAUAGUUCCCAAUACGACCACUACGACGAAAAGCGUGGGAGGAGUUGUAAUAAAUAGUAGUGCUGGAACCAGUUGUGGUGGAACUGUGGGUGUGGGGACAGGAGUGCAACCGAAAAUCAGGCCGAAAUCUGCUUUGAAAGGCCAUAUUCGCAGUGCUAGUCAUGGAGGUGUAAUUCAACCCGGCAGGGGGUUUGACAUGGCAACGGGUGAUGCCGUCGUCACAAAGGCAUCCGUUUUAAACAAGGGUCAUACCCGUGCUGCUUCACAUGGUCAAAUUGCCGAAGAUCCUCCUCAAGGGCUCAAGUCACACAACAGAGCUCCUUCCAAGACAGACUUCAUUUUGCCACCCGGACACAAAGAAAGACUGAACUCCACAACGAUGCCAAAAGAAAUGCAUUGGAGGGGGCAUUCUAGGAACGCAUCGAGGUCAGAGUCCAUCUACACUUUGAGACAGCAGAAAAUCCCCAUGAUGAACAAAAUAUUAUUCUGGAAGCGGACUGAGGUUGAGAACCCCAGAGUCAGAAUUGUCGUACCGAAUCACACUGUUCCCGACACUCUGCCAGACGGGGUUCAUCCCAAUGGAAAUUAUCCAAAUAAUCGAAUUAGAACGACAAAAUAUACAAUCAUAUCCUUUCUUCCAAAAAAUCUUUUUGAACAGUUUCAUCGUUUCGCAAACCUAUAUUUUAUAUCAAUCGUUCUUCUUAAUUGGAUUCCAUCCAUCAGUGCAUUUGGGAAAGAAAUCGCAAUGUUACCUGUGAUGUUUGUAUUGGGCGUGACAGCCAUUAAGGACUUAUUUGAAGAUAGAAGACGCUAUAAUAGUGAUAAGAGGAUCAACAACUCUACAUGUCGAGUCUGGCACAGGCAUGAAAACCGGUGGGAGAGUGUCAAAUGGAAAGAUAUUCGAGUUGGAGAUGUAGUCCACCUCAGCUGUAACGAGGUUAUCCCUGCGGAUAUUUUAGUCCUGAAAACAAGCGACCCGAACGGAUUGUGCUACAUUGAGACUAUGAAUUUGGACGGUGAAAGCAACCUGAAGCCACGGGAGGUUGUUCGAGGUUUCACUAAUAAACAUGCUGCUUUUGAUGUCAACAAAUUCAACAGCAAAGUCGAAGUUGGGCUUCCGACGACUAAAAUCUAUCAUUUCAAUGGUAAAAUGAUCCAUCCAGAUACACAGCAAGUGCCCGUUACUAAAGAAAACCUUCUCCUUCGAGAUUGCUGUCUUAAGAAUACAGACUAUGUUGAAGGACUUGUUGUAUAUGCUGGGCGCGACACUAAAGCCAUGUUGAACAAUGGGGGUCCUCGUCAUAAAAGGACUGGAUUGGAAAAACUCAUGAAUUUAGAAGUCGUUUGGUGCGUUGUGAUCUUGGCAGUGCUUUGUAUUGUUGGUGCCACUGGUUCAGCCCUCUGGCUGUCUACCUUUGAUGAACUCGGGGUGCCUUUCAUAAUUGAAACCGAAGAUACAAAGGAACCGGGGGUCGUUUGGACCAAGAUUUUUACAAAUUUUCUGACAUUCAUUAUCAUUCUACAGGUCAUGAUACCAUUGUCACUGUACGUGACUAUUGAGCUAACCAAGUUAAUGCAAAUUUAUCACAUUCAAAACGAUAUUGAGUUAUUUGAUCCGGAAACAAAUAAACGGAUAGAAUGUCGAGCUAUGAAUAUUCCAGAAGAUUUGGGACAGAUUCAGUAUAUAUUUUCGGACAAAACUGGUACUUUAACGGAAAAUAAAAUGAUAUUCCGAAGGUGCGCUAUUGGAGCCAUUGACUAUAAUCAUACCGAAAUGCCGGAUGAAUCUUCGUUUCGGGACAGACCAAAUCUAUUCCCGUCUCUGAAAGUGAACCCAACAUUAUACGAGUUGUUUGGGCAAUGGAAUAUUCAGAUUUCAGUCGAGUCUGGAAAUUUGCAAGAAGGAUACUCGGAGAAAGCAGAGAAAAUCCGAGAGUUCUUUCUCAUACUUGCUAUUUGCAACACAGUAGUUGUCGCAAAGCAUCCCCACGUUGACAAAAUGAACGAUCAUGGAGAUGUUGAGGAACCGGAUGGAGAAGUUGCUGCUCACAGAUUAUCUGUAAUUCGGGAAUCCAUGGAUUCGUCUUUAGCUGGCUCCAUCAACAAUACUUCCUUUACUUCUCAAUCAUUUACUGACUUCCAAUCGUCGAAUCCUGAAAGUCGUCAGGACUCGCUUCGAAGCGAUUCUUUGCAAACAAAUAUAUGUACAAACGAUUUAGUGAUUCCAAACCAAGUACAAGGUGUUAGGCGACCUAGUAGACAUUUGAUGCUCAAGCCAGACACUAGACCACUUUCUCCCAUUUCCUCAUCCAAUGAAACUACUCCAACCGAGUCACCAGCUCAAAGACCUCGAUUUUUAACGUUUCAAAAUGUUUUAUCCAAAAAGUUGAGCAAAACUCUACUCCUAAAUAACUCAUCUGCCGCACCCACUAAUACGCCUUCCCCGAUGGAGCCAAAACCAAUAUUCGAAGCUGAAAGUCCAGAUGAACUGGCACUCGUUGAAGCUGCGUAUUUAUACAACUGUCGGUUAAUUAAACGAUCUCCACAAUCUCUUACUGUGAUGAUGCCAGGUGAUGGGCCGGUGAAAUAUGAAAUAUUACACACAUUCCCUUUUGACUCUGUGAGGAAGCGAAUGUCAUUAGUUGUACGGCAUCCUCAAACAAAUCAAAUUAUCAUGUACUGCAAAGGGGCUGACACUGCUAUAUUUUCUAAACUUAAGCGAAUUGAUGUUAUACAGACAGAGUUGGCUAAUCGAACGCAAACUCAGAUUGACAAUUAUGCUCGUGAAGGUCUUCGCACAUUAGUCAUGGCCAAACGAGUCCUUAGUGAAAAUGAGUACAGAGAUUGGCUAAUUAAAUUUCAUCAGGCUGAACUGGAUCUUAAUCACAGGGACGAACUUUUAUCUGAAGCUUAUAGUGCAAUGGAAAACAACAUGGAGUUGGUUGGAGCAACUGGAAUAGAAGACAGACUUCAGGAUAGGGUGCCAGAAACUAUUGAAGCGUUGAGAAAUGCCGGAAUCGUCGUAUGGGUUUUAACUGGCGACAAGCAAGAAACGGCAGUGAAUAUUGCAUACUCGUGUAAACUCUUUACCUCCAACAUGGAUAUUGUCAUACUCAAUUCAAGAAGUAAGGACCAAGCAGAAAGCUCUAUUUUAUUUUAUCUCAAUGAAAUCGAGAAAAUAAGAACUGGAGAGAAUGCUUCUUCGGAAGCAAGUAACUCGGUACAUCGUCGUCCCUCAGAAUUGUGCUCUCCUUUGACAAAUAAAGAGCGUGCAUUAGUUGUAGAUGGGAAAACACUCACAUAUAUUUUAGACCAUAAAACUCAACUCAUUACCAAAUUUUUAAGUUUAACGAAGCAUUGUUCAUCGGUACUUUGUUGUCGCGCGACUCCUCUACAGAAAGCGUUCAUAGUUACCAGCGUGAAAGAACAGCUAGGGAUGAGGACACUUGCCAUUGGAGACGGAGCCAAUGACGUGUCGAUGAUUCAGAGAGCCGACGUAGGAAUUGGCAUAUCGGGAAAGGAAGGGAUGCAAGCCGUUAUGGCGUCUGAUUUCGCUAUUUCAAAGUUUAAGUAUUUGGAACGCCUUUUACUCGUACAUGGUCACUGGUGCUAUGACCGGCUAGCAAGAAUGAUAUUGUAUUUUUUCUACAAAAAUGCCGCGUUCGUGUUUGUGAUUUUUUGGUAUCAAUUACUGAAUGGUUGGUCCGGUUCUGUGAUGAUAGAUCAAAUGUACCUGAUGGUGUUUAAUUUAUUUUUUACUGCCCUGCCCCCAAUGGCAAUUGGCAUAUACGAUCAAGACUGUCCUGCAGACCUUUUACUUGCUUGUCCCAAAUUAUAUGGACAAGGAAGACUCCAGAAAGUUCAUCAGGCUCAUUCAUUUUGGCUAAAUAUGCUGGACUCAUUAUAUCAGAGCGUUGUAAUUUUCUUCAUGUCAUAUGGGGCUUACAGCGGCUCAGAUGUUGGUAUGUUUGAAUUUGGGACAACUAUUGUGGUAUCCUGCAUGUUUACCAUGUUGGAAACAACUAGAGAAGAGUGUGACCAUGAACCUCCAGCCACCUUCCACUUUAGAGUCAUAUUCGUCUCCUCGAUUGGAACUCCACCCGGUUGUGCUUUAAUGAAAUUAAGGGAUCGUUCCCGUUCUUGCUGGGUCAAUGGCUUCUCCACUUUUGCAACGAUACCUUCUGGAGUGGAAGGAGUGCAAAAAAAGGGGUCGGAAUUGAUUUCUUCCUCAACCACUUGUGUUCACAUGGCCAUAGAAGCAAAGUCUUGGACGAUAAUUCACGUUUUGUCCAUUGUGGCGUCUAUUUUGGUUUUUUAUGGAUUUGCGUUCAUUUAUAAUACGGUUUGCAUCAACUGUUUGGGGUUCGAGAAUCCAUUUUGGGUUAUCCAUGAGCUAAUUACAUCACCAGUACACUGGUUAAUUGUUACCGUCACCACGGUUCUCGCAGUGCUACCAAGGUUAAUCGUGCGAUGCUUAGAAAACUCAUUAUUUCCAUCGGAUGUUUCACAAGCUUUGCUUGCGGCUAAGCAAGCAAGUACACAAAAUGAAGAAUACUUUGUGUCUCGAUCCUCCUCGUCAUCAUCAAUUAUCAAAAACCGCAUGUCUUGGUUUUGCUUCCGCAAAAGACGGAGUGGAGUCUCAGAGGCCCGAAACACAGCGAUCCCUUCCGUCUCAGCAGUGUCCUCAUGACAUCAGCCUUCAGUUAAUUCGACGACUCAUAGAGUAAUCUCCAUGUUUUCUGUUUCAUAUUUCUGUUAGUAGACCAUGAAGCUAUUUUUAUUGAUAACACAAAGAUAACUAACCAUGUGUGCUGAAUUGAAUUUUAUUAUUAUCCGUGAUAAUCACUCACACAAUGAAAGAUUUGUACUCCUCGUCAGGUAAAACAAUCAAGCAGAAGAUAUUGUAUAUGUAAUCUGUAGCAUUCCAACAUUUAUUAUGUAAUAGUAUUAGUAGGGACACACUCAGGUAGAUACAUAAUGUAUGUACGACGAGAUAUAUGAUACGGUCUUUCAACAUUUGUCUAUUGUUUACUACUUACGCCACCGCCACAUUUGCAUGUAGAAUUCCAUGAUUGUGAAUCGCCUUUUAUAUUUUUACUUAACGCGAUUGUCGGACCAUUUGCUAUUGGUCUCCAAUUCCGAGUUGGUACUCCUAUGUGUAAUACAUCUAAAAAAAAGAAUCCAUAUAUACAUAAACGUGUACAACUAUUGCAAAACUGACAUUUUAAAUUAUUUUAAACGAAAGUUAGAAAAACUUAAAAAAAUCAGCUUUAUUGACAAAAUAAAAUUUCUGUCAAUUA